AUGAAUCACGUCAACAACAGCGUCGAUUAUGAAGACAACGAAAUCCCGCUUACAUAUGUAAAUCCCCAUACGCAGAAGAAAGAAAGAGAUCCCGCUGAUAAUCGCGUUGGUUAUACAUAUAAAGCAAAGAACGAUCCUCGCACUGAUGAAGGUUACAAGGCUUUUUUGAAGGAAUUAAGUGAUUACCUCAAGAAAUUUGAAACUCAAGACCACGGUUACGGUCAUGCCUCACCAAGCUACGCCUAUGUUCUCUGGGAGUGCUUCACUCUCACUUCAAGGAAAGCACUUUCAGUAAUAAUAGUCAAGGUCAUUCUCUUCACUGGUUCUGUACACUCGAGAAGCAUUCGCGAAGUUUUUGAGUCCCUUUUUGGUAGUGCAUCAGACUCCGAGAUUGAGAAUUCAAUUCCGUACGACGAUGAGGACAGCAAUGGAAAAAAACAUCAGGAGACGGAUCGCGUCAACAAUAGCGUCGAUUAUGAAAGCAAUGAAAUCCCAUUUACAUAUGUAAAUCCCGUUACGCAUACGAAAGAAAGAGAUCCCGCUGAUAAUCGCGUUGGUUAUAUAUAUGAAGCAAAGAACGAUCCUCGCACUGAUGAAGGUUACAAUGCUCUUUUGAAGGAAUUAGCUGAUUACCUCCACAAAUUUGCCAAUCAAGACCACGGUUACGGUAUUGGCGAAACAGGGUACGCUCAUGCUGGUUGGAAGUGGUUGGUGCACCACGAGCAUAAUGAGUUAAAGUAA